AUGCAACCCACCCGUAAUGGAGAGCCGGUGUGGAGAGUCCUCAGGGCCGUUACUGGCCAUUUCGAUCCUUCCACUGUGUACGUGUUCAAUGGCCAGAACACGAGUGUGACCCUGUGGCAAGAAGAACUUCAACUGUGCCGCAAUCUGCUGUUUCUCAACCUCUCUAAUUGUGGACUGACUAACAUCAGUCCCUUUGUCUCGCUCACCAGCCUCAGACACCUCGACAUUUCUUACAACAGUGUCGUCAGGCUCGACACUAUCAACAAACUGAAAGAACUCGAGUCCUUGAGAGCUGUCGCGAAUCCUAUCUCAAGAUUCCAGGACCUCCGAGAUUUGUCUGGCCUUGAAUCGCUCAAGGCUCUCUCUUUCCAGAACGUCGAUGGAACGGGCGCAUGCCCAGUUUGCCGCCUCGCGGAUUACCGCGCGCGAAUCUACUACCUCCUUCCACAGGUCACGCCUCCAUCAUUUGCAUCCAAGGCAGAAACGAAGGGAAUCCUUGCCGCGCACGCGUCGCCCCGGAACGGAGUGUCGCUUACCGCACUUCGGACACGCCUGCGCAGUCUCGACGGUCGGCGCGUCCAUCUGCCCGAUGUAAACGCCCAAUUUGCGACAGCAACAGAAACUCUCGAGAAGAUGCACGCAAAAACUGCCCAGCUGCGCGAUCGUACGCGACGUGUGUGUGUGCCUGCGGUGCUGGACUUUCCUCCUCUUGAAGAAGCGGGACUGCCCGUGGCUACUGAAUUCAGUCCAUGCGAUGAAAGCCUCGCGGGUCUGAGAGAGGCAGUGGAAGAAGCCAAGGAAGUUUUGGCCUUGUUCGAGAAAGUAAGCAUGUCGAUGGAAGACAAAGUUUGA